CCACCCUCUUCAAUUAAAUAAUCUGAAGGUUUUCUGUGCUAAACCGAAGAUGGCGACAGACUAAACUAGACUGUCAAAAGGAAGGGGAAGAUGAGAGGCAAAUGUCGCUUUUUGCACUAAAUACGGAAUAAAAAAUAAGACUUGUCAUGUUUGAGAAUGGCAGAUAUAGAGUAAAGAUUUCGUUUUUGUACGUGCUAUGUGUUUCUUGUGUGAUGCUGCACCGGUGCUGGGGGUGUCGGUAGGAUUUCACAACAUGUUACAAUUUUGGGUGUAUCGGGAAUAUUAUGCCGGACGUUAUCUAUUUGCAAUGGAUUAGACGCCGGGGUUUGGAGCUGGAUUGAUUUCUUGACACAACAACUUGGAAAAAAUGCUUCCCAUCACCAUGUUGCAAACGAGGUAGGGGAUAUACUGCAAAGGUGAAAAAGCCAUCUGAGAUCGCUUUUGUCUACCCCCUAAAAUAUGAUCAGGGGUGCUUGGAUGUUUCGAAGGGAAGAUGACGCCGUGUUAAAAAUAUGUUGUGCACCCAAACAAAACGACAAACCCUGUGCCGAUUCCGAGAGGGUACAGAAAUGGCGAAUGUCUUUGGCAUCCCUAUUAUUUUUCACUGUCCUUCUCUCUAAUCACCUCUGGCUGUGUGCUGGAGUUAAACUGAGGUCCAAGGAUAGGAGCAACCGCAAAAUCUGGAUCAACGCGACUGACGGGGUCCACCCGGCUCUAAAUGAGGGGAAAUGUGGUAUUUUUCUAAGCAAUUUGACCAAAUCCGCUACUCCAGGUCCUCAUUGCACUGAUGCUCAAAGCCACCACACACACCUGGAGUCAGCCUGCACCAUAUUGUAUCGGCAAAAAACUGACUUUAGGUCCUCAACUCCAUCAACGUUCUCGUCACAGAUGUUACUUGAUUAUUUUAGGAAUUUUAGCCUCUCUUUUUGUGAUUCUUACUCCAUUUCCGACUUACUGUUGGGGAUGUCAAGCCCAGACAGUUUAAAUUGCAGUCUUCAGAACAUGGUUUUGGAUUUGUUUAGCAGCGGCGGGGAUGAUGAGGAUGUUUGCAGCAUCUGUAUCCAGGCGUACAUGAGGCUGGACCAACACGCUCAGGAAAAAUAUGAGGAGUUUGACUUCUUCUUUCUCAAGUAUUUAUCAGAGGAUUAUUCUGUCCGAUCCCACACAGAGGACUGUAAGUCAGUCUACAAAGCCUGGUUAUGCUCAGAAUACUUCAACGCCACCCAGAGCCAGUGUCAACACAGGAUUCCCUGCAAGCAAUAUUGUCUGGAGGUCCAGACCAUGUGCCCCUUUGUGUUACCAGACAAUGAUGACUUGGUCUAUGGAGGACAAUCCAGUUUCAUCUGUGCAGGGCUACUAGAAAACCAUUUAACCAAUGCAGACCCAGAGUGUUGUGACGUCAGAUGGAGUGGCUGCGACCCCUCUGUGGGGGCGGCGUGUGCCCUGACCCAGCUUCCGGGGUCAUCAUCAUGGCAGCGGCGCAGCUCCCCACCUGUGUCGGCUGCGUUGCGACUGUGCAGCAGCAGACUCAGACUGUGUGUUCUGGUCCUCAUCCUGCUGCACACUGUCGUCUCCUUUUCCACUGUCCAGAGCAGUGGCGCUGUGGGCCUGGAGUCCAUGGUACCCCUGCCCCUGGAGGAGAGCUCUGCCCGAGAGGAGUGACUGAUGAUGAACAAGAGUUUCUACUGUUCCCCCCCCCCCCGGCUUCCAGUCUACAGAGACUCCCUUCCUUCCCACUACCUGAGGAGUGAGGCGUUUAUAACCCUCUCUCUCCAUCCAGUCCCCUCCACAGGACAUCAGGAAUGAGGAGGUUAUACACCACUCCAGGGAAGGCUACAGGUCGGUAUACCUCUUCGCCCUCCACCACACUAGAGGAGUGGCGAAGCACGGGCCCUCCCCUCCCGCAACACAGAGGGAUAUGGAGGUAGAUAAGGCUUCGGAACUGAGAGCCAGCCAUAUCUCACGUGUAAGGAGGACAUGAGAGGGCAUGGUGAAAGAGGCGGGUCUCCCAUCAUGCUGAAAGAGGUACUGAAUGCUGUUUCUAAGAAGGGUUUGGGUACAAAUGGCCUUUUUCACUUAUCACCACUCUAUUUAAUACGUUGAGUGAUGGUUUUGGGGAGUUACGUACGAGUUUGAGUUUGUGAAUUGCACAAUUGGGAAAGCGUGAGUUGCAGGCUUGUAUGCUAUUUUUGAUUAGUUUUGUGUGUGUGUGUGUGUGUGUGUGUGUGUGUGUGUGUGUGUGUGUGUGUGUGUGUGUGUGUGUGUGUGUGUGUGUGUGUGUGUGUGUGUGUGUGUGUGUGUGUGUGUGUGUGUGUGUGUGU